AUGGGAUUCACAUAUCCACCAGUAAUUCAUGAUUCUCAGCUCUACAAUCCACUAUUCUACGCCUCGUUAGGUUCAGAUGGCUUGCUUAUCUUUGACUACGCUCAGACCCUCUAUCUAGGUAAGAAUGACUAUCGACUGAGCUACAUCUCUGGAAUCGUACCAGGAACAGCAUAUAGCGGCAUUGCCUUGGUUCUAAAUGCUUCGAACAAUAUCAGCGGUCUCGGAGCAAUCAGUUGUGCUAGCUUGACUGUUAAUGGAUCUUCCGUUUCAGGCGCUCCA